AUGGUACCUUCGCUCUCAAACACCACACAGGGAGCAAUCAUCGCCUCGGCCUUUUUCGUCCCUGUGCUCACAUACCUCUACUUCACAAAGACUCAAAGGCCACAGAGCACAGCCGGUCCACUUCCAGAACCCACAGAAGUUACAGCGCUCUACAUUCACCCGAUCAAAUCAUGUCACGGCAUCUCAGUGCAGUCGGCAAAGCUUUUGCCUACUGGCCUUGAUCUUGACCGACAAUGGAUGUGGGUAUCCUAUCCCUCCUUCGAAUUCCUCACAAUCCGCAAUAAUUCACGCAUGACCCUCAUCCGACCCACCUACGACGCCUCAACCGACACCUUGACUGUGACCGCCCUCGCCCCAAACACCAUCGACGAGAAACUCGAAUUCGCAAUCCCUGCACACCCAACCAAGGAAUGGCUCAAUCAAAAUACUGAGAAGCACGACGCGAAAAUAUGGAGCGUCACAACUCCCGCCCGGGUCUAUUCGAGCAAGUUGACUGAGCCCUUCAAUGCCUUCUUCGGGCAGGAGGUGAGACUUGUGUAUAAAGCAUCUCAAUUCGACGCUCCGCGCCCGCUCGGCUCCAACGGCGCUCCACACCUCCUCGGUCGAGAAGCAAGUACAUGUUUCCCGGACAUGAUGCCCCUCCUUAUCGGCUCCGCGUCCUCUCUAUCCGAACUAAACACGCGCCUGGACAGUGAAAUCGAUGUCCGUCGCUUCCGCCCCAACAUACUCGUCAGCGGUGACGCCGCGGCGCCAUGGGAUGAAGAUCGAUGGAAAACAGUGAAAAUCAGUCCAAAGGGCAAACACGGCGGGAUGCCGUUGACGUUUGAUGUCACACAGAGGUGUGCGAGGUGUAGGGUGCCGAAUGUUGAUCCGGAUACGGCGGAGGAGGAUAAAAAGGAGCCGUGGGAGACGCUGGUCAAGUACCGGAGGGUGGAUGAGGGGAUCAAGUUUAAGCCGUGUUUUGGCAUGUUGUGUGUGCCGCGGGAAGGGGGGAAGAUUAAGGUGGGAGAUAGGGUGGAGGUGCUGGAAGUUACGGACGGGCAUAGGUAUAUACCUGGGUUUUAG